AUGAAGAUUCCUUCAUUCCAAGGAAGAAAUGAUCCAGAUGUGUACCUUGAAUGGGAGCGGAAAGUGGAACUCAUCUUCGAAUGUCAUAAUUUUUCGGAGGAGAAAAAGGUAAAACUUGCUGCUGUUGAGUUUAGUGAUUAUGCAAUUAUUUGGUGGGAUCAAUAUUGCAAGGAAAGACGUAGAAAUGGAGAAAGACCCAUAGAGUCUUGGAGGGAAAUGAAGCAAAUCAUGAGAAAGAGGUUUGUUCCAAGCCACUACUAUAAAGAGCUUCAUCAAAGGUUACAAACUCUAAAUCAAGGAUCCAUGAGUGUGGAGGAGUAUCACAAAGAAAUGGAGAAGGCUAUGAUUAGAGCAAAUGUGGUAGAAGACUGUGAAGCUACCAUGGCAAGGUUCUUGAGAGGGCUAAACAAAAACAUUGCUGAUGGGAAAAAGGAUGAUAAACCUUUUACUAAGUCAAAAGUGGAAGAAACUAAACCUAAAAUUGACUUGGGUAAUAAGGGAAAGGGUGAGAAUCAACCAACCCAAACUAGGGGAAUCAAAUGUCUUAAGUGUUUGGGUCAUGGGCACAUUGCUAGGGAAUGUCCAAAUAAGAAAGCUAUGAUUCUAAGGGAUGGUGAUAUUGAGUCGGAGAGUGAGGGGGAUAGUGAUGAUGAUAUGCCUUCUUUAGAAGAUUGUAGUGAUGUUGAAUGUGCUAAGGGAGAUAAUCUUGUUGUUCAAAGAACAUUGAGUUUGCAAAAUAAACAUGAUGUCCAUAGGGAGCAAAGGGAAAAUUUGUUUCAUACUCAUUAUUUGAUUUCUAACAAGUUGUGCAACAUGAUUGUGGAUAGUGGAAGUUGUACCAAAGUAGCAAGCACUUUGCUAGUGGAGAAAUUGAAGUUGCCUACUACCAAGCACCCAAGACCAUACAAUGUUAUUGUUGAUCUUUUGCAGGUUUAUGAAGAUUUAUUUCCGAAAGAAAUUCCAAAUGGUUUGCCACCUAAAAGAGGCAUUGAGCACCAAAUUGAUUUCAUACCCGGAGCGAGCAUUCCAAAUAGACCAGCAUAUAGAUGUAAUCCAGAGGAGACCAAGGAAAUCGAAAAGCAAGUGAGUGAGCUUAUGGAGAAGGGUUAUGUUCGUGAAAGCAUGAGUCCAUGUGUCGUACCCGUCUUGUUAGUGCCUAAGAAAGAUGGAACUUGGAGGAUGUGUGUUGAUUGUCGUGCCAUCAACAAAAUCAUGGUGAAGUAUAGACAUCCCAUUCCUAGGCUAGAUGACAUGUUGGAUGAAUUGCAUGGUUCAUAUUUGUUUUCAAAAAUUGAUUUGAAAUCUGGUUAUCAUCAAAUUAGAAUGAGAGAAGGUGAUGAAUGGAAAACAGGUUUUAAAACUAAACAUGGUUUAUAUGAGUGGUUAGUAAUGCCUUUUGGUUUAACUAAUGCACCAAGCACUUUCAUGAGAUUGAUGAAUCAUGUUUUAAGAGCUUUUCUUGGAUAUAUUGUCAAUGACAAGGGUAUUCAUGUUGAUCAAGAAAAGGUAAAAGUAAUUAGAGAAUGGCCAACGCCCACAAGUUAUCUCAAAGGACAAGGAAAGCUCAACAAGAGACAUGCAAAAUGGGUGGAAUUCAUUGAAUCCUUUCCGUACAUCAUUAAGUACAAGCAAGGGAAAGAAAAUGUGGUGGCCGAUGCAUUGUCAAGAAGGUAUGCCUUGAUCUCUAAACUUGAUGCAAAAUUAUUAGGAUUUGAAUACAUAAAAGAUCUUUAUUCUAAUGAUCCUGAUUUAGCUAAUGUUUAUGGGGUAUGUGAGAAAGGGGGUUUUGAUAAGUUCUAUAAGUUUGAUGGUUUUCUUUUUUGGGAAAACAAAUUGUGUGUGCCACAAAGUUCUUUAAGAGAGUUACUUGUGAGAGAGGCACAUAGUGGAGGUUUAAUGGGACAUUUUGGGAUUAAGAAAACUUUGGAUGUGUUGGGUGACCAUUUCUUUUGGCCACACAUGAAAAGGGACGUUGAGAGAAUUUGUGAGAAAUGCAUUACUUGCAAACAAGCCAAAUCCAAAGCAAUGCCUCAUGAUUUGCUACCAUUGCCGUUGGACAAAGCUAAUUUAGAGGGGAAACAAAAGGCUGAAUUCAUCAAGACUUUGCAUGAGAAGGUGCGUGCAAACAUUAAGAAGAAGUCACUCCAAUAUGAAAAGCAACACAACAAAGGGAGGAAGCAAGUCAUUUUGGAGCCUGGAGAUUGGGUGUGGGUGCACUUGAGGAAGGAAAGAUUUCCUAACCAAAGGAAAUCAAAGCUUAUGCCAAGAGGAGAUGGUCCUUUUAGAGUGCUUCAACGCAUCAACAAUAAUGCCCACAAGCUAGAACUUUCAAGUGAGUGA